AUUCUCCAAAAUUUCGCAUUCCCUCUCUCACACACUUUUCAGAGCAAUUCAAUUCUCAGUGAAUCAAACUCUUUUUCUCUCUCUGCCAUGGCACGAACCAAACAAACAGCUCGCAAAUCCACCGGAGGUAAGGCUCCGAGAAAGCAACUGGCCACAAAAGCUGCCAGGAAGUCUGCUCCGGCAACCGGUGGUGUGAAGAAGCCUCAUCGUUUCCGGCCAGGUACAGUGGCGCUGAGGGAGAUCAGAAAGUAUCAGAAGAGUACGGAGCUUCUGAUCCGAAAACUUCCUUUCCAGCGUCUUGUUCGUGAGAUCGCACAGGAUUUCAAGACCGAUCUUCGGUUCCAGAGCAGCGCUGUGUCCGCUUUGCAAGAAGCAGCUGAGGCUUAUUUGGUUGGACUCUUCGAAGACACUAAUCUCUGUGCCAUUCACGCUAAGCGCGUCACCAUUAUGCCAAAGGAUAUUCAGCUUGCACGCAGAAUCAGAGGCGAAAGGGCUUGAUUGAUAUUGAAUCUUUGUGACCACUAUGGUAUUGAUUAAUUGCGCAUCUACUCUAACAGUUAUAUAAGAUUGUUACUUGUCUUUGAGCUCUGAGAGAUUCUGAGACAUUUGUUCAGUGUAGUUAUCAUAGUUCGAGCUGUGAAUGGAAGAAAGAGUGAAUGAAUUUGGUUUUAGUUUUCUUAAAUUUUAUUUUAUUAAUUUUAAUUGAGUUUUAAAUAA